AUGCAAUUGAUAUCAGGUACCUCUGUAGCCAUAGUAGAAUGUUCUUCAUGCAGUGAGGCAGGAUAUGCCAGUGCUCUUUCUAAACAAUAUGAGACGUUCAAAAAAUCCCUCAGUUUUAACUAUAAAAAAUAUACAGAAACAUUCUAUUUGGAAUCAAUUAUCAGAAUAAAAUACAAAAAUAUAUUCAUAGAGACGAUUAUUAAACUCAGUAGGUUCGUUAGAAGUAUAAUCCUCAGUAGGUUCGUUAGAAGUAUAAUCCUCCGUGCUCAAAUUUCUAUCGACAUCUAUAUUGCUGUUAAUAAGAGAUUAAAUAACAUAGUUGUAAUAAUUCAACAAGACGUCUAG